UCGAUUGGGUGUCUUGCUUCGGUUGGAUAUGCAUAAAGAUGGGCUGUUUUCAGUUAAAAGCACCGUCUUUCGUUCAACAGUCAGAAUCUCCGAGUUCAUUUAGUCACCGUGAAACAUGUCCGGGAAGCGGCCACGUCAUGACGAUGAGCAGGGUCGAUCGGACGGCAACAACCUACUCGUUCGCAAGCAAAAGAAGGGCCGUAUUCGUGGAAGUGUGGCAGUUGAAGCUGAAGAGGAGCUGCUUUCUGUAAGGAAGUCCUUGCUUAAACUUGUAAAGGAAGUAGAAAAGUUGAACAUGCAAGUGAAGGAAUUAAAAAAGAAAUUUGAUAGGCUUCAUGGGAGGCAGAUGCGUAAGUCGGCCUCAAGAACGUUACAACUCAAGUUUAGAAACAACAUCUCUCUUCCAAUCUUCACUUUGACAGAAAUUGAAGGAAAGGACCCUUCUGCCUUAACUAUAGCUUUAGUUUAUGCCAUGACUGGGCAAGUUGUUAACUCAGGUCCCGAAUCCUCGAUGAAGGUGGAAAUAGUAAUUCUUGAAGGAAAUUUUAAAGGCGAUGAAGACAACAACUGGACAUUUGAGCAUUUUAGCAAUAAUAUUGUAAGAGAAGGAAAAGACAAUCUGACACUUCUUACUGGGGAUGUGUUUCUGACUCUGAAUGAGGGAAUUGGUGUAGCAAGCAAGCUGAAAAUUACAGAUAAUUCAAGCAGGACAAAGAAACGUAAAUUCAGGUUAGCUGCAAGAGUUCCAGGUGGUUAUUUUAAUGGAAUGAGAGUGAAAGAAGCAAUCACUGAACCUUUCGCAGUCAAGGAGCGUCGUGGAAAAUCAUACAUGAAGAAGCAUCCCCCAUCGUUGGACGAUGAAGUAUGGCGCUUGGAGAAAAUUGGUAAAGAGCUUAGCAAGCGUCUAAGCACUGAGAACGUCAAUACUGUAAAGGACUUUCUGUUAAUGCUACCUGCAGAUACUCCAAGGCUUCGAAAAAUCUUAGGCCCUGGAAUGAAUGACAAGAGGUGGGAUAUUAUAAAGAACCAUGCAGAACAAUGUGAACCCGGUAGCGAAAUGUGGGUCUACUACUCCAAGGAUGAACAGGGAAAGGGAGUUGUCUUCAACAUUGUGGGAACAGUGUUAGCGUUCCACCUCAAUGGGCAAUUCAUUCCCAUCAACAGCCUUUCAGAAAUUCAAAAGGUGGAAAUGCAGCAGAUGAUCAAGGUUGCAUAUGAACACUGGCGAGAAGUAGUCCCUUAUGCUGAUGGGCCCAUUCUUGGCAGUUCCCCGAAUGUGCCCUUUGAUUCGUUCCCCGAUGUUUCAACGAGGCCAGAGAAUCCAACCGACAUUUUUCCAAGUUCUCAACAUUGUGAAGAAUUGCCUUUUCCCCAACCAAAUGAUUGGUUACCCGAUUUGACGACGAGCCCAUAUGAUUUUCCACAUAGCGGCAACAUGGAGUUUGAUUUUGAUUACUUCUGUUGUGAACCAGAAGUACAAGCAGACCAUGGGAACACCAGCAGCAGCUUCUCGAAAGUGUCAACGCAGUCUGUAGCUGUUACAUGGAUGACACUGAUAACCGUGAUGAAAUUCUCCAAGCGGAUUGCGGCUUUGAAGGACUGUUCGGAUGCACGUAGCUGAUCGAGAUCCUAGACCUGAAGGAAUCGGGGGAGUGCUCGAGAAUUGCUUGCCGAUGUUAUUUGCUUUGUUUAGUUUAUUUCAAAUUUGUUAUUUAGUUGUGAGAGACUCGUAUACCAACAUUUUUUGUUGUUGAUCUCUUUAAAUGCUAGAUGAAGUUGAUUUUCUUCUCUACUUGAAAUAAUAUUAUUUGUUGUUGUUUGGUGAUAGUGUUUGUUAAUUUUUAAUUUUUAAUUA